AUGACUUAUCAGAGACGUUAUGAAUACAAGACUUAUCAGAGACUUUAUGAAUACAAGACUUAUCAGAGACGUUAUGAAUACAUGACUUAUCAGAGACGUUAUGAAUACAAGACUUAUCAGAGACGUUAUGAAUACAAGACUGAUCAGAGACUUUAUGAAUACAAGACUUAUCAGAGACUUUAUGAAUACAUGACUUAUCAGAGACGUUAUGAAUACAUGACUUAUCAGAGACGUUAUGAAUACAAGACUUAUCAGAGACGUUAUGAAUACAAGACUUAUCAGAGACUUUAUGAAUAUAUGACUUAUCAGAGACGUAUUGAAUACAUGACUUAUCAGAGACUUUAUGAAUACAAGACUUAUCAGAGACGUUAUGAAUACAAGACUUAUCAGAGACGUUAUGAAUACAAGACUUAUCAGAGACUUUAUGAAUACAUGACUUAUCAGAGACGUUAUGAAUACAAGACUUAUCAGAGACUUUAUGAAUACAAGACUUAUCAGAGACGUUAUGAAUACAAGACUUAUCAGAGACGUUAUGAAUACAAGACUUAUCAGAGACUGUAG